AUGGAAAAUCUUAUCCCGGUGAUCAAUAAAUUGCAGGAUGUUUUUGCAACAUUGGGUAGGCGAGAAGAUCAAAUUCAGCUUCCACAGAUUGUUGUCGUCGGAUCGCAAAGUGCUGGAAAAUCAUCAGUUCUCGAAAAUCUUGUUGGCAGAGAUUUUCUACCCAGAGGAACUGGAAUUGUUACAAGAAGACCAUUGAUUUUGCAAUUGAAUUAUGUUGCUUUGGAUGAUGAUAGUAAAAGAAGAACAUCAAGUGGAAAAAUGAUUGAAGAUGAUUGGGCAAUGUUCGAACAUUCAGGAAAUAAAGUUUUCACUGAUUUCGAUUUAGUGAGAAAAGAAAUCGAAGAUGAAACUGAUAGAUUAACUGGUGCAAAUAAAGGAAUAUCACAUGUGCCGAUUUGUUUGAAAAUAUAUUCCCAUCAUGUUGUUUCUUUGUCUCUCGUAGAUCUUCCCGGAAUCACUAAAAUUCCCGUCGGAGAUCAACCAACAAAUAUUGAAGAACAAAUUCGAGAAAUGAUUCUCAGCUAUAUUUCAAAUCCAUCUUCAAUUAUCCUUGCUGUAACUCCAGCAAAUCAAGAUUUUGCAACUUCGGAACCGAUUAAAUUAGCAAGAGAUGUUGAUUCGGGCGGUCAAAGAACUCUUGCUGUUUUGACAAAAUUGGAUUUAAUGGAUCAAGGAACUGAUGCAAUGGACGUUUUGAUGGGAAAAGUUAUUCCGGUGAAACUUGGAAUUAUUGGAGUUGUCAACAGAUCUCAACAAGCUAUUUUGGAUAAUAAACCGAUUCAGGAUGCGGUGAAAGAUGAGCAACAUUUUUUGCAAAAGAAAUAUCCAACUUUGGCAAGUCGGAAUGGUACACCAUAUUUGGGAAAACGAUUGAAUAUGGUGAGAUAUUUUUUUGACAAGUCUUUUUUUUUUUGGAAACUGAUCAAAUAGUAUUUUCUUGCAGCUUCUGAUGCAUCAUAUUCGUAAUUGUCUUCCCGCACUAAAAGCUCGUGUCUCAAUAAUGAAUUCUCAAUGUCAAUCAGAUUUGAUCGCAUUCGGUGAACCAGUUGAAGAUAAAAAUCGAACACUUCUUCAAAUUAUCACUCGAUUUGCCACUGCUUAUACAUCUACAAUUGAGGGAACUUCCAGAAAUAUUGAAACUACUGAACUUUGCGGUGGUGCAAGAAUAUGUUAUAUUUUCCACGAUACAUUCGGAAAAUCAUUAGAAUCAGUGAAUCCGUUGGAAAAUCUUACCCAAUUGGAUAUUUUGACAGCGAUUAGAAAUGCAACUGGCCCGAGACCUGCGCUUUUUGUUCCUGAAGUUUCAUUUGAAUUGCUUGUGAAACGACAAAUUCAAAGAUUGGAAGAACCCUCUUUGAGAUGUGUUGAAUUGGUUCAUGAAGAAAUGCAAAGAAUGGUACAACAUUGUGGAUUUACGACACAACAAGAAAUGAUUCGAUUCCCUAGAUUAUACGAUAAAAUUAACGAAGUUGUUAGUGGUGUUUUGAAAGAGCGACUUAAACCAACAAAUGAAUUGGUUGAAAAUUUGGUGGCUAUCGAGUUAGCCUAUAUUAAUACAAAACAUCCAGAAUUUACCGAAGCUAAUUUGGUGACAUUGCUCAAAGAGGAACUUUCACUUGAUGAAAGACAUACAAGAAGUCGAAAUCGUCAACAAUCCACCGGUGAAAGAGCUGUCAGUGCACAUGGAGAACAAAUUUUGGCGGUGGCACAACAAUUAAAUGGCGAACAGAAUACUAUUUUCCCACAAGCUGCGAAAGGAACAACAAAUGGCGCUGGAUUUUUGGGAUUUUUUGCGAAUAAUACCAGUUCCAACAAGACUUCCCCACAAGAAAGUGAGCGAUUUUGAUUUUUGACGUGAACUAUCAUGUUAACACGUCGCAUUUUAAAAAUUUGGUUUAAAAAAAAUAAAUAAUUUCAGAAGUGUCCGCCGCAAAUUUCUUGCCAGAAGUUCCUGAAACUCAACUUGGCCGAAAAUUAACAAGCCGCGAACAAAGAGAUGUUGCAAUUAUUGAGAGACUCAUCAGAAACUACUUCAUGAUUGUCCGAAAAAAUAUUCAGGAUAGUGUUCCGAAAGCAAUUAUGGCGUUAUUGGUGAAUUUUGUUAGAGUAAGUGAAAAAUAAUUGUUAUUCUUUUCUAUAUAUUUUCGUGUUUUCAGGAUAAUCUACAAUCAGAAUUGGUUCGACAAUUGUAUAAACCUGACGAAAUGGAUGAUUUAUUGGCUGAAACUGAAGAUAUGGCACAAAGAAGAAGAGACACUUUAGAAACUAUGAAGGCUCUCCAACAAGCUAGCGUUAUUAUAAGUGAAGUUAGAGAAACGCAAGUUUGGUAA